AUGCGCAGGACAGCCAGGAAUUCGCCUGGUUUCAUACAGUCUGGACUAACACGGAGGCCACGAAAUGGAGGUAAAACUCACGAAUUACCUAGUUCCCGAGGACCUUGCAAGGACAAGGACGACAGCAUGGAAUGGAUGCAUGGGAUUAUCUGCUCCCUGGGGCCGCACUCCAGGCCAAAACUCUCCUAUGCCGUCUUGUAUCCUUCUGAAGAGGACCGAAAUUCAUCCUCCGAGGAAUCGUCCUGGCAAAUAGCCGGCAUAGUCACCCUCUUGCCUACCAACUUCAACGUUGCCCCGGAUGGAACCAAGUCCUCAGACGCUCCGGCUACGGGCUGCAAAGCCAUGGAAGUAGGGUACAUCUUUCUACCUGAAGUCUGGGGCCGAGGAUACGCCACGGAGAGUUGUGCGGCAAUGAUUAAGGCGUAUGCUGAACUGGUGACGCAGGUGGAGGAACUUCCGGGGGAAUUGUGCGAGAGUGUGCAUAAGUUGAAUGGGGCGAGUGUGCGUGUUGCUGAGAAGUUGGGAUUUAUGAGGGUUGCGGAGUUUAAGGCGGAGGCGAAUCUGCCUUUGGUUGAUGGGGAAAAGAGUUAUGAUGUUGUUCAUUUUAGGAGAGUUAUUUGA